GCGAGUGGGGCAGGGGACGGAGAGCAAACAAAAUGCUAGCGGUGUCUGUGACUACCAAACAAGGGAUGAUAAUUGAUUAAUAACAUAUAAUCAUAUCAGAAAUGGGCACAGAGAGCGUGGAAGGAAUUGUCAUGUUGGAGCUCGCUGCGGAAGCCUUUCAAGCGAAAAACUUUCAGCUUGCUGCUGACAUCUACGAAUGCCAACUACAGAAUUUCGCCGACGUCGCUACCCAACAGGAGCUGUUAGUGAAGCGGGCUGAUGCUCUGGCAUUUGAUGGCAGGCUUAGUGAAGCUUUCGAAAUCUACCAGAGAGCUUCUAAACUCGAGAGGUUACGACCUGCACAGCUUGAAAAUCUGACAGAAUGUCUAACCAACAGCAUCCAAAGAAAAGAGGGGGUUGUCAGUCUAAAGAACCAACAGGAGUCAGGGACUACCGCAUGCGGCGGAUAUGAUGCUUUCACUUGCAGGAUAUGUUGGGGAUAUCUAUACGAGCCGGUUACAUUGCCUUGUGGACACUGCUUUUGCAGAAAGUGCCUGCCAAGGGAAAGUAUGCCAGUUUGCUGCAAGGAGUGCAAAGAUAGUUCGAAACUCACCGAUGUGCAGAAUUACAGGGUCAACGUGGUUCUCAGCAACUUGUUGUCCAAGUAUUUUUCAUCCGAGCUGCUUGCUGUUCAGCUGAGACAAGAGGGGAAUAGAUUAUAUGCAGAGAAGAAACUGGAGGCUGCUUUGGAGAAAUACAACGAAGCAAUACAAAUAGCUCCAAGGGACCAUGUGCUUUUCAGCAACCGAUCACAGAUAAACUCCAGUCUGAAAAGGUUUGAAGAUGCACUAGGUGAUGCAGAGAUGGCAUGCAAACUUCAGCCUCACUGGCUUAAGGGACAUUUAAGGAAAGCGCAAGCUCUUCUCUCACUGAGAAAAAUGGAGGAAGCUUUAACAGAGUACUUGCUCUGCAUCGCUCUAGAACCAGAAAGCAAAUUGGCAAAGUCAGAGGCUCAAAAGCUGCUGAGUGAUCUCUUCGCUCCAGUUCCCGAUGACGUCCAGGAGGGAAUACCAGACUGCGUUACUUUGCUGUCCUCGAGAGCCAGGAUAAAGGGAAAUGCAGUGACCUCAUCAGGCUCUUUUGAACAUACCAGCUCAAUAAGGCUGCACAAGGACUGCAACAAGAGCAAAGACAACACAAUCUUUCAAGAAGAGCUGAAGUUGCCACAGGUGCCGAGUUGCAUUGAAACAGUGGACGGCCUGGAUGUGAAGCCAGCCUGCUGCGAGGAGAGAAGUGUUUCCUCGGUGUGUCACCCCACUGUCAUCGACAGAAGCUACAUUCUCAAACGCAAGCACAGCACAGAGGAAGAGGAGGAGGAAGAUAAAAAAGCAUCAGGCACAGAACGGCCUUGCAAGCGCUCCAAAUCAGAAGGGAUGUUGAAAGAUGGGGCAGGAUCGAGGUUCGCCAUCGCCAGUGACCUUGACGCAGCUGACCUGGAGUGCUCUUUGUGUAUGAGGCUUUUCUAUGAACCGGUCACCACACCGUGUGGUCACACCUUCUGCCUGAAAUGUCUGGAGAGAAGUCUUGACCACAACUCCAAAUGCCCCUUGUGCAAGGAGGACCUCUCUGAGUACUUGGCUCAGAGGCGAUACUGUAAGACCUUCCUGAUGGAGGACCUAAUUGCCAUAUAUCUGCCUGAUGAGCUUGUUGACCGACAGAAAAUGAACGAGGAAGAAAUCGCUGAACUAUCCAAUCUGAACAAGAACGUGCCUAUAUUUGUUUGCACCAUGGCCUUCCCCACUGUCCCCUGCCCCCUUCACAUCUUUGAGCCCUGCUAUCGGCUCAUGAUCCGUCGGUGCAUGGAAACCGGAACCAAGCAGUUUGGAAUGUGCCUGAGCAAUUCCAUCAACGGGUUUGCUGAUUAUGGAUGCAUGCUGGAGAUCCGGAGCGUGGAGUUCUUCGCUGACGGCCGCUCUGUUGUGGACACCAUUGGAAAAAGAAGAUUCAGAGUUAUCCAGCACAGCCAGAGAGAUGGAUACAACACAGCAGACAUUGAAUACCUGGAAGAUGAGAAGGUGGAGGGAGAAAAGGAGGUAGAGUUAAGGACACUCCACGAUGCUGUGUACGAUCAAGCCGUAACCUGGGUCAAUUCACUGAAGCCUGAGCAGAGAGAACGGAUCGAGGGUCACUUUGGCCCCAUGCCUGAAAAGGAUCCAGAACCACAGGUCAGUCCCAACGGGCCUUCCUGGUGCUGGUGGCUCCUCGCAGUCCUGCCUCUGGAGGGCCGUGCCCAGCUCCCUUUUCUUGCCCUGACCUCCCUCAAAGAUCGGCUGGCAGGCAUCCGCAGGGUGCUCCUCUUCAUGUCCCGAAAUCGCUCCCGGUGAUCCACCUCACUCCUCCACUUCCUCACGUGUGUAUCUAUCGCCUUCAUUUUUCCACCCGACCAAAUUCAGUACAGCCUUCCAUACGGAAGUACUGCUGGCAGAUGGACUAUUAGAAUAAUAAAAUAGAGUUGCUGUACAACCCCAUUUGGAGUUGAUACAAGUUACUCUCACUGUGCUUUGCAACCAACGUGCUUUAAAAAUGGGUGAGCUCAACAGGCAAAGUUGCACAUUUUCAGCAGAGGUGAUUAAGUGACAACCAGUUCUAUUUAAACAUACUUCAAACCUUGGAACUCUGGGAAACAUGUCCCAUAAGCACCAUGGUGAAAGUCUGCCAAAAUUUCUUUCCUGUUAAACGCACCCAGGAUUUAAUGUGUAUUUAAUUUAAUUUUUAUUCAUGGUUUUUGUGUGUGCGUGUGUGUUUGUGUGUCACUGUUUACAUCACUUGGGAUUAAUGAUUAAUCAUGUGUUAUUCAGUUAAUGUUUGAAAGGGUUUGCGUUUGUCUCUGUUACACAUUGUAUGAUUUACAGCUCUUUGGCUGAAGCUUUCAUGCAGUAUUAUUUACAUUUUAAUAAACUGACAUAACCACCAAACAAUGCCCUUUGACUUUUCCCGGGUUGAUACAUGAAGUAAAUAUUCAAUAGAAUAUUUGAUGGGA